AUGGUGGUUCAAUUGCCCGGCCAACUGGCGAGCAAUCUGGACUUUGACGCCCGAGUUCCCAUCCCAAUCAGUGUCUUCCCGUCUACGUACAGGAGUGACGCUUCUUCUCAGGAAACCACCGUCACCAAGGUAGAAGGGGAAGUCCAACUACCCGGCACCUCCUCGCACGUCGGACGGGAAGAUACUCGAUUCUCCAAGGAGGAAGUCGACCUCACCUACAAAGACGGCCGUCCACGCCGUGACCAGUACACUAAGGAAGAGGUUCGAAUCUCCGAAGAGCGUGGCCGAGUCCGCGACACAGGAUAUCCGGAGGUUGAACUCACACGUGAAAAGUACCGUGCACCAGCCGAAUACAGAUCCGCCGCCAACGCUGACAUCGAAAUCGACCGCCGAGAUACCAGGGACCACGUGGAGGUUGACUACGACCGACGCCAAACAUACGACCGGGCCUACGAAUCCCAGCUAGACAUCACCGAGCGAGACUACCGCCGCCGCACAUCUCCCACCUACGACGUCGAGUACGAACGUCGUCGUCCACAAGCCGAGGUGACUGUUCAGAAGGAAGAAAUCAAAGUUGACCAACCGAUCAAAAGAGACAUGGGUUACUACGACGACGAGGGCAACUACCACAGCUUCCGUCGUGGAGUGGAGCGUGCUGCCGACCGCAUCCUUCAUCCUUUCAGCCAUCACCACGAUCGCGAUCGGGAUGAGGUAGUCAUCACUGAGCGUGAGACUGCAGGCCCGUCUCGCGUCCAGGACGGCCGAGUGGAACAGGUCCGCUACGUCGAGCCUCGUUUCGGCCACCGUGGAGUCCCCAUCCAAUGCCACUUCAUUCGCAUUGGUGAUAUCCUCCUUCUCCAAGGACGGCCUUGUCAGGUCAUUCGGAUCAGCAUGUCUUCCCAGACCGGUCAAUACAGAUAUCUGGGUGUCGACCUAUUCACUCGUCAACUGCACGAGGAGAGCUCGUUCGUUAGCAACCCGCAGCCCAGUGUCGUCGUGCAGACCAUGCUCGGCCCGGUCUUCAAGCAGUACCGCGUCUUGGACAUCCGUGACGACGGUGCCAUUGUCUGCAUGACCGAGACCGGUGAUGUUAAGCACGGCCUGCCUGUUGUCGACCAGGGCGGGCUUUUCAAGAAGAUCGAUCGGGCUUUUGCCGACGGAUGUGGCAGCGUGCGUGUCUUGGUCAUCAACGACGGAGGCCGUGAGUUGAUUGUCGAUAUGAAGAUCAUCCACGGGUCGAGGCUGUAG